GUGCCUACGGAAGACUGGGGGUUUGGCUGUGACUUCUCCCUGCGUGUUUAGUGCAAAGGCUAUGAAGAGAAGCGGACUUCAUCCCACUGAUAAGAAGACCGUGGAAUAAAAUUACGGCUUGUUUCUCAGAAGAGGGAUCAUAAUUCAAUAAACAAACAACACUUUGAGGACUUGUCAUAUCCACCUAUCGAAUGCUAGCAGACUCUGCCCCGGCUGUGCAAUGGGCCCUGCACCCUUGUGUCUCCUGCUCUCACUAACGGCGCUGGCCGUGGCUGCAGGUCUGGCCGCAGGUGAGGAUGAGUACACCUGGCCGCAGAGGAAGGUCCCGCUGGUGCGGGGCAAGCGCACGGUGCCUCUGAGCAGCCCCGGGUUCACGGCCGAGGCUCAGCACGAGCUGAGGGGCACCUGCGGCAUCGAGUGCCAGAGCCAGCUGCCCCGCCCAAGCCUGGCCGACCUGGAGAGCUUCCUGUCCUACGAGACGGUGUACGAGAACGGGACGCGCACGCUCACCGAGGUGUCCCUCCAAGACCUGGAGGAGGUGCCAGGGAACGAGGCGUGGAACGCCACCUCCGGCCGCAGACGCCGCAGACGGGAGGUGUACGGCACCGACAGCCGCUUCACCAUCGCCGACAAGCACUUCUCCACCAACUACCCCUUCUCCACCACCGUCAAGGUCUCCACGGGCUGCUCCGGCAUCCUGGUGUCCCCCAAGCACGUGCUGACGGCGGCCCACUGCAUCCACGACGGCCAGGACUAUGUGAAGGGCGUGAAGAGGCUGAGGGUGGGGCUGCUGAAGCUACGCUCCAAACGCAGGAAGGGGGGCAGGGAGAGGGGUGGCAAGGAGAGGGGAGACAAGGAGAGCGGGGACAAGGAGAGAGGCGGGGGCAGGAAGGAGCGGAGGAAGGGAGGGGAGGGGGGCAGGCGGGAGAGGCGGAGAGGGCGGAAGAGCCGGAGCCGGCGCAGCGUGGGCGACCAGCAGCCCUCCUUCCGCUGGACGCGGGUGAAGCAGACGCAGGUCCCCAAGGGCUGGCUGAGGGGCGUGGGCGAGGAGGUCGCCGUGGACUACGACUACGCCCUGCUGGAGCUGAAGCGGCCGCACAAGCAGCGCUUCAUGGACCUGGGCGUCAUCCCGUCCGUCCAGAAGCUGCCCGCCGGCCGGAUCCACUUCUCCGGCUUUGACGACGACCGGCCUGGGCAGCUGGUGUACCGCUUCUGCUCCGUGUCGGAGGAGUCGGGCGACCUGCUGUACCAAUACUGCGACGCCAAGCCCGGCUCCAGCGGCUCCGGCGUCUACGUCCGCCUCAAGGAGCCCGGCAAGAAGAAGUGGAAGCGGAAGAUCAUCGGGGUGUUCUCGGGCCACCACUGGGUGGAUGUGAACGGGGCGCAGCAGGAUUACAACGUGGCCGUGAGGAUCACGCCCGUCAAGUACGCCCAGAUCUGCUACUGGGUCCACGGAGACUCCAGCCAGUGCCGAGAUGCCUGAGGCCCGGCUGCACCUGACUGACUCUGCUCCGCCUUACUGUUUACCUCUAGCUUCAGCUCCCAGAAACACUCACCACUGACGGCUCUGUGUCAGCACUCCUCCAGCCUGCAGCACUCAUCGAACCCACAGCACUCUGCAAACCUGCAGCACUCAUGGACUCACGGCACUCCACAAACCUGCAGCAUGCUUUGAACCCGCGCCACUCCUCAGAUCUGCGGCAUGCCUUAAACUCACAGUGCUCCGUGAACGCACAGCAGUCCUCUAACCCGAACUGCCUUCAAAAGACUUCAGAAGAUCAGAGAAAUU